AUGGCAUGUCUGGAAGAUCUACCUGAUGAACUGAUAAUUUUCAUUUGGAAUAAACUUUCUACUGUUGAGUUGUUAGGUUCCUUUAUUGGCGUUAAUAGAAGAUUCGAUAAAUUAAUCAGGGACGUCAAUUAUACUCGUUCUAUUGAACUUAUUGAUAAAAAUUUGAAUCAGAAAUAUUGUUCAUUACCCGAUCCUCUAUUGAAUCAACUUUGCUCUUAUUUUCUACCAGAAAUACAAGAAAAUAUCGAAUGUUUAACCCUUGAACCACAUUCGAUGGAACGUAUUCUUUCCGCAGGUCAAUAUCCUCAUCUGUACAAACUGAUUCUCGUCAAUUUUGGUCAUCAGUCAACAAGACGUUAUUUUACAGAUCAAUCACCAUUUCUGGACCUUUUCAAACAAAAAGUAACAUGUUUGAAGAUCUCAAUAGAUGAUGCGAAAUUGAAACUUUUACUUGUUACCGAGAAUGAGAAUCUGUAUGCACUGGUUUCUUUCAUAUUUCCACAAUUAACUGAUUUCACUUUUACUUGUCAUCCGUUUUGGCGGCGAUAUGCACAUUUAACCAUUGAUGAGUCAUGUCAGUCGAGCUCGUUUCUACGAAAUAUUGUGAAUUUAUCGAUCGAUGUUGAUACAUUGGAUGAUUGUUUCCGUCUUCUUGGUAGUCGACUGAAUUAUCUGCGUGAAUUUAUUAUUCGUAUUUACAAAAUUCAACCCUCAACACUGGUUAUUGACAACAAGGUAUUGCAUAAUCUUCGUUGUUUUUCAUUGUCGUCAUCGAAAACAACAUCAGCAUACGAUAGUUCUAUUCUACCGCUUCUGCAACGAAUGAUUUCUCUUGAAAAAUUGAUGCUAAACUUGUCUGUCGAUCGAACUACGACAUUUCUUGAUGGUUUUCAUUUUAAAGAUAAAAUCUUUUCUUACAUGACACGAUUACAACGAUUUGAUUUCGAGAUCGAAACUUUCAUUCAAUCAAAUGAACAAACGAACGUUGAAAUCCAAGCGUCAUUCAGUGGUGAUUCAAGAUACGGUCAAGUUAUAUCUUAUAUCGAUUAUAAUCUAUAUGGAGAUGUAAAAUGUCAUAUCUUUUCUCUUCCAUAUACAAUGAAUGAAACUCUUGGAAUCAGUAGUCAUUUUUCAGAGGGUUUCAUUCCAAACGUUCGAUCGUUGACAUUACUAGAUACGAAUUAUUCAUUCGAACAUCAAUUUUUCAUGAAAAUUUCUCAAUCUUUUCCAUAUCUUGCUAGGUUAUACAUUGUUAAUAGCAACGCACAAAAAAACACGGAUUCCAAUCAAUCAACAAUCAUUGAAUUUCCAUAUCUUAAUAAAUUGACACUUCUAAUUAGUCAUUUAGAUUAUUCGGAACAAUUCUUAGUUGACACAAACAUUCGAUUACUUCGAUUAUCUCAUUUAACAAUAUCUUAUGAACAUUUGGUAAUUGUUACUGAACAUUUCACACGUGAUGCAACUCGACGAAAUUGUGCUCAGUUAAAUUACAUUGAUUUCUUUGAACAAGCUGUCCACUCAGAAGGCUUUUAUCGGUACUUUCCUUUGUUGAAAUAA